UUGCGAUGACUCUCUAUGAACUUCUGACAGGUAUUCACCCAUACUCUGACAGAGAACCCCUCAUGAUGAGGAUCUUUAAAUUAGACAACCAAACCCCCGAUCUGGAUCCUGUUCAAAAAAACACUCCUGAAGCUCUGAUCAAAGUUAUGACAGAUUCAUGGAGCUAUGAAGCAAGUGAUCGUCCAGAUUUCAAAGAAAUUACAGAUAGGGUAAAGAUUCUUGGUAUUGAACCAACUUAUGCAUCACUUGGACUCUAUUUCGGAGAGAAAUUACAGAUAGGGUAGAGAUGCCUGAUCCAACUCAUGACUCACUUGGACUCUAUUUUGGAAAGCGAAGGUCUUGGAAGGAAGAAGGAAAUACAGACAAUAAAUCCGUAGGAAGAGGAAUGCAAAAUUAACUGUACAGGAUAGCCCCAGCCAGACACCAUAGUAACGCCAUUACAGCAGUACAUGAUACUCAACCUGUGAUUGACAUUGAAUCUGUGAGAAGAAGGAUGGAAGAUAAACCGUGAUAUGAUCACACCCCUGUCGAGCAGAGUAACGUCAAUACAGAAAUACCUAUCACUGAAACAGUGACACAAAAUCAGGUGGUAGUUCAUGAAAGUCAGCCUCUCUCUCUCUCUCUCCCUUUUACUUUGUGUUGCACAACGCAAUGGUCGUCAUCGUGUAGUUCAGUAUCUCAAGGGUGAACAAGCAAAGAGAAGGGAAUUGAAUGUACGGUUCUAAUAAUAUUGAAAUCUUUUUCUUCUUUUUUUCUCUUUUUUUCUUUCCCAAAAGUAAAAUCAAUAAUUGACUGCUUUAUUUCAUUUAAUUAUGAAUUAACUUGACAUAGUUGUAACACGAUCGUAACUACUAGAAAUCAUGUUCGUAUUACGUAAUACGUCAUUUUAAUGUUCGCGUAUUUCUAGAGGUGAUAGACGAGGAUAUUAAAAUUCUUUGAA